UGCAAGAAAGACCGCCACGAACAAGAUCCAGGUCAAAGCGUUGCAUGUGUCUGUUGCGCCCGGCAAUUCUUUCCUGUUGGUUGUUGUCAGCGUGUCCUCGAGAACGCCCGAAUUCCGGCAAUACUCUUGCCUUUUCCUGCCCACGACAGGCGAAAGUACCGUCGGAGUUAGGGUAUUCAACCUCUUUUCCCCGCACAAGAUCCGGGGAAAAGGCAGGCCCUCCGGUUAAUCAAUGCAAAUACCGUCUCAACUAAGCCAGUUCUUGUUACGCCCGAUCUUGCCGCUUGGCGCCCUCCGCGAAAGCCGAGGCGAGCAAAUUACAUACCGCACGUCGCCAUCACCCUUGCGCCACCUCCCGCACCUUCAACUUCACAUCAUUGCAUCGUCUCGGAUCCUUGCUGUUUUGAUGCCUCGAAUAGGAUAUAUAACUACUUUCCUUUCUAUUCCACUGCACACACCCGUCGAUAGCUGUAUCCACCACUUUGAGCGUGGCCGAGACGACGUGCCUUACUGGCUACACGGAUGGCGGGCAGAAGGCCAACGCCAUAACCACCAGAUUCUUCCGCGCGUGACGAUCCAUGAUUCGGAGCUGAGUCUGCACACGCCUGAGAAGCGCUGGCUCUCAGGGGUAUUCGCGCACUGGAAUAUGACAUCGAGACGCUUUACUAUCCUGCCGACCCUAAUCCGGUGCGGUACACGUACCUAGGAGCGAUAUGCGACCUCUUCAUUUACCCGCCGUCAAGCAAGCAAAACCCGAAAGAUCCAGAGGUGCGCACCCGUGUCUCUUCAUCGCGGUCUUCCACAGCCUGUGGCCUAAGACGCAACAAGGAGCGCUAGGGCUCAGCUAUUGACUUGGACACAAUAUCGGUGCUACGUACGGCUUGACACAUAGCCUAUGCUCGGGCUUUGACGCUCGCUCGGACAGUUAAGCAUGUUGUCGUUUCGGGAAGCACUCCGCAAGAGCAGCAUGUCGCAUUUUCCCAUGCGCUCGCAUUUGACCCAGCGCCGUAUUCCCAUACUGA